AUCCAUAAUAUAUCGAGGCAACAUUGGAGGCCAUCUCGCAUGCAUGGCAAUGUUUUCAUUCAAGAAGUCCUUCCUUGGUAUGCUAGAGUACUGAACCUGAGGACAGGGGCUAUGCUACAGGCCAAAGUGACUGAUUGAAAUGAAGAGAACCCCUGAAUCGAAGAGCGGCUAAAAGCAGAGCACACACUCACAUACACACACACACACACACACCACAGUCCACGGUGCUAAAUGCAGCAUUUUUCUCUCGGUAUAUGUCUGAGUGUGCAUUUCUCUACCAAACGGCAGAGCCUUGGCACAGUAGACACACCGCAUACACACACUUAUACACACACACCACUUUGAUCAGCGCUACCCUUCUGAAGAUAGCAAAUGAGCUUUGCUGAUGAAUUAUGUGAACGCUGGAGAAGGGUAAAAGAAGGAGGAGAAAAUAGCAGUGGUGUAUUGCAUGGUUGACACGGCUGCACUGGUGAAGGCAGCAGCGGCACAGCAUCGUAGAAAGGCUAACACUUGGCAUUUGGGAGACAUACGGUGAAGCAGUGAGGGUAAAAGGGACGUCUGAGAAGCCUAUGCGUUGACGGCAUUACAAAUUGAUCGCAGCUUCUGCUUUCUGUCUCUCUACCUCUCUCAGACUCCUUGCCUGCCUCUGCGUGUGUUUGUGUGAAACUCUGGACAUCUCAUCUUGUUUUUGGCGGAACCAGCAAUAGACGAUGUGUGUGACUUCAAUGUAGGGCAAAUCUACACACCCUUCAGUUGCUUAGGCGUCUACACAAAGACACACUCAUCCUCCAAAAUACAAUUUAUCCUGGAUAUAUACAGUGGAUUUCUCCAGCUUUAUUAUUUUUGAUAACUGCAGCUAUAACCAUCAGGAUUUUAGGCUUCAAAUCUGUCCGUCAAGCAAGCCCGUUUUCUCUUACCGUUGCCAAGUCUGGAGAGAGAGAUACAGAGAUCCCUUGUAUAUUGACAUUGUUUUACGAAUGACUUUUCAUGCCCAUCUUUGAGCUGAUGAAUGACUUUGUUAUUGGGACACUGUAGCUAGCCCACCAUGGCUAAGCAAUAUGUAUUUCAGUGGCAAGUCAAUGUUCCAGAACCCCUUAAGAAUGGGGCCAUGUUCGACAGAUACGAAGAUGGGGAUUCUGGGUCAGUUGAACAGAGUUGCCUCUUCAAAGUUGAUGAAUAUGGAUUUUUCAUCUACUAUAAGAGCGAAGGCAGGGAGGGGCAGGUGUUAGAAUUAUCCCAGAUCAAUGAUGUACGAAAGGGUAUUGCACCGAAGGAUGUAGGAUACUUGGCCAAAGUUGGUUCCAUCUUGGACCCGUUUGGUAGAGGGAACAUUGAAGACCGCACCAUCACCAUCUGCAGUGGCUUGGACUUUGUCAAUAUCAACUACAUGCACAUGGUUGCCAGCACACCUGAAAUAGCACAGGUAUGGUUCGACGGAUUACUGACGAUAACUCACAAUGUCAAAGCUAACAAUGUGUGUCCAAUGCAGAGUUUAAAGAAACACUGGAUGAAAAUUUGCUUUCAAGUCAACCCCAAUGGCAGAAUUCCAGUACGGAAUCUCACAAGAACCUUUGCAUCGGGCAAGACUGAGAAGAUUGUCUUCAAGUCGCUAGAUGAGCUAGGACUUCCCUCAGGCAAGAUGGAAGAAAUAGAUCCUGCAGACUUCCCAUUUGAAAAGUUCUAUGAGUUGUACCACAAGAUCUGUCCAAGGACAGACAUAGAGCUACUCUUCCAAGAUAUAGGACGAAAUGACAUAGAGGGACUGUCAGUGGAGAAGCUGAUUGAAUUCUUGAACGACAAGCAGAGGGAUCCUAGACUCAAUGAGAUUCUCUUUCCAAUGUAUGACAGAGAGAGGGUUCUACAAAUCAUUGACACCUAUGAGAAAUAUCCAGAGAUGAUUAAGAAAGAACUUCUAUCGUCUGAUGGACUUUGUCGAUACCUGAUGUCUGAUGAGAACGCACCCGUGUUCCUGGACCGAUUGGAGUUAUACCAAGACAUGGAACAGCCCCUUUCACAUUACCUCAUUAAUUCGUCUCAUAAUACAUACUUAACCGGGAGACAGUUUGGAGGCAAAUCAUCUGUUGAGAUGUACAGACAGGUUCUACUGGCGGGAUGCAGAUGUGUUGAGUUAGACUGUUGGGACGGAAGAAGUGAAGACCAAGAACCAAUCAUAACCCAUGGACUUGCAAUGUGUACUGAUAUACAAUUCAAGGAAGUGAUUCAAGCUAUCAGAGACACUGCAUUUGUGACGUCAGACUUCCCAGUGAUACUGUCCUUUGAGAACCAUUGUAGUAAACCUCAACAGCUCAAACUAGCAAGAUACUGUGAAGAGGUUCUUGGAGAAUUCCUGCUCACCGAAAAGUUGGAUGAUCAUCUGUUGGAGGCCAGUGUUCCUCUUCCAUCACCUAAUAAAUUAAAGAGGAAGAUUCUUAUAAAAAAUAAGAGGCUGAAACCAGAUGUAGAACAGAGACAACUUGAGUUGAUGCGGUUACGACCAGAACUGCUUGAAGUCAACGUAGAAGAUGAAGUAGAAGAAUGCGAAUCAGAGAGUGAAUCAGAAGACAGUGAUGACAUGCCUCCACCCCAAGUUGUAGCUGCCCACCUGCUUAGGAAAGUCAAGCUGCCUCCUGGGGAAGAAGUUCACCCUGAUUUAAAAGUUGGUUUCAGUAGCAGACAAAAUAGAGAAACAGGGUACCAUGAUGGUGCUGUUUCCCCACCAGGCAAUACAGAUGCUCAUCCCGAGUUCAAGUUCCCGUCUAAAGACUCUAUCGGAAGCAUCAGCGGAAGCAGCAUCGCGGCUGAGGAUGAGAUCAAACUCAAACAUAACCUCAGUGUCAAGAUGAAUGCAAAGAAGCUUGUUUUGCAAGGAGAGCUAUUAUCACAAGAAGAUGAAGCAGCAGUAGUAGCCCAGUAUCGUUACACCGGAGCUACAACCAACAUCCAUGCUUGCCUCUCAAGACUCGUCAACUAUGCACAACCUGUCAAAUUCCAGGGAUUCGAUGUAGCUGAAGAGAGAAAUCUUCACUUCAACAUGUCAUCAUUCAAUGAGUCGGUGGGCUUAGGAUAUAUCAAGACACAGUGUAUUGAAUUUGUCAAUUACAAUAAACGUCAAAUGAGUAGGAUCUACCCUCAAGGAAGAAGGUAUGACUCAAGCAACUACAUGCCGCAGAUCUUCUGGAAUGCUGGAUGUCAGAUGGUUGCACUCAAUUUCCAGUCACCUGACAUUGGCAUGCAGCUCAACCAGGGAAAGUUUGAAUACAAUGGGGGCUGCGGGUAUUUACUCAAGCCAGAUUUCAUGAGGAGACCGGACAGGACAUUUGAUCCCUUCUCAGAGUCCCCUGUGGAUGGUGUGAUUGCAGCAACGUGCUCAGUGCAGGUGAUAUCAGGACAGUUCUUGUCAGACAAGAAAGUGGGCACGUAUGUUGAAGUUGAUAUGUAUGGUCUUCCUACGGACACAAUAAGGAGAGAACACAGGACAAGGACGGUCCCUAAUAACGGACUCAAUCCUGUCUACAAUGAAGAACCCUUUGUCUUUAGAAAAGUUGUACUACCAGAUCUUGCUGUAUUGAGGAUAGCGGUGUAUGAGGAAGGAGGUAAACUAAUAGGACAGAGAAUCUUGCCAUUGGAUGGAUUACAAGCAGGUUAUAGACAUAUAUCACUGAGAACAGAAGGUAACUUCCCCUUAUCACUGCCUACUGUCUUCUGCUGUAUUCAACUCAAAACAUAUGUACCAGAUGGCUUAACACAGUUUGUAGAUGCUCUAUCAGAUCCUCAGUUGUAUCUAUCACAGGCAGAGAAAAGAGCUAAGCAGCUCAUAUGCAUGGGCAUUGAAGAGAAUGAGAUUAGUGAGGUACCCACAGUGAAUAACAAGAAGAGACCAACGGUACGACAUCCGACAACCCCUACCAACACAGCACCAAACAUUGGUGGAUUCUCACCGGGUGGACCUACUCAUAACCAGAGUAAGAACUUCAUCACUAGGUGUCAAGAUGGCAAAGACAAACAAAAAGGAUUUCAGCCCAUAACAGCAGACAGCCUAAGGAAAGAAAGAGCAUAUCAGAAACUGCUGAAGAAACAACAAAAAGAGCAAGAUUCAUUGAACAAGAGACAUUCCAAAGAGAGGGCCACAUUACAGAAGACACACUACUCAACGGUCAACAAGAUGGAGGCUUGUCAUGAUAGAGAGAAACUCACCAGAGAAAAGAGUCUAGAAAAGGCCAUCAAGAAGAAAGGGGAAAGCAACUGCUCAGAUCUGAAGAUAGAAACUGAGUGCCAUGUACAAUCAUUAGUCAAUGAACACAAGGCAAGGGUAAGAGACGUAGUAUCGGACCAGAGCAAGGAGUUUGCUGAGAUGGUGAAUCGUCAGCAAGCAGAGGAGAGGAGUUUGAAAGAUAACCACAUCCAGCAGAGAUGUGACCUUCUCAAGAAACUCAUGCUCAGUACUCAAGAGGAACAAUUACAGCUCCUAGCGGCUAGAAAUGACAGAGAAAUGAAGGAGCUCAAGUCAAAUCAAGCCAAGGAUUCCAUGGAAUCAACCAAAAGUGUUAGCCAUGACAAAAGUAUCAAGAACAAAGCAGAGAGAGACAGGAGAGUAAGGGAGCUUCAAAGUAAUAACACAAAGAAAUUCUUGGAAGAGAGGAAAAGGCUGAAAAUGAAACAAGACAAAGAGAAAGAGGAAGUACAACAGGAACAUAGCAAACAAAUGGAGAAACUACGCAAAGAAAUUGACAAGAUGGUUGAAGCCGAGAAGGUAGUGUUAGAUGGAGCAGCUAAUAAGGUCCACCUUGCUGCAAGACCUGACUCCUCUACAGUCUGACCUCUGACCUCAUAUCUGCUUCAGAUCACGUGUUCUCUGCAGGAGUGUGAGUGAGUGUGUGACCGUUGCUAUGGAGGAUACCAUCACACAGAGAGAGAGAGAGAGAGAGAGAGAGA